AUGGGAUUGCCUUGGGACCACCAGAUCCGAGGAAUGGACUUUAAUGCCAAGCAGGAAGCAAGAAUGAUCCGGAUACUGUGCAAGACCCUCAACCAACAACAUUCCGAGGCAUGUGUUGAGAAGGUAGACUUUGACCUGCUGGCGGUUUUUCUUAUGCAGGAAAUGCACGGGAACAUCCACAUCCAGCAACUGGUUGAUAUGGUGCUGGACCAAUUUGGUCCAAAGGCCCAUCCACUGGGCGAAAGACUUCCGGAACCAGAAGACGACAACAAAAAGCCAUUUGCGCCAAGGACCCCCCUACAAAGCCAGAUCCACCACGCAGCUCUUCACGUCAACCAAACCAUCAACCAACACACCCAAGAGCUCCAGACAAACCCAAAUGCUCGCCAACCCUUCUGCCUCCGGUAUCCAACUUACCAGAAGUUUGUGGAGUACUCCAUUAGCAUGGAGAAAAAGUGUAAGCUUUUGCCAAAGGACAAAAUGGUUGUGUUGUUGGAAGAGGCUGGAAGAUGUGUGGGGGUGGCUGUUCCGCCAGAUCAUACUAAAGAAGAUGGGAUAUACUUAUCACCCCCUGGAGUGCAAUUGGAACGAGGCCAAGGACGAAAUCGUGUACACAACUGUUCCCCCACUUGGUCCUCUUCAAACUCCAAAACCUCUUGA